AUGGAUGUCAAUCGCGAUGUUGCUAUGAAUGAAUGCCCAGUUUGCGGCGCAGCUAAAAGUAGAAUGGAAAGGCAUCUUGUCGACGUUCAUGGAUUUUCGCAAGACCGAAUUGCGGAAUUUAAAGCUCAGAAAAAGAGCCGAAAAAUUAUCGCAUCGGGAAAGCCAAUACACGUGACAGAGAAAGUUGAUGAUGUGACAGUUGAACACUGUUUCAACCAUCUCGGACAUGAGGCCCGCCGAUCUCAGCUGAGACUAGAGAAGAGUGCCGAGCAGUACAUAGUCUCGCUGUUAAGGGAUGGUCUCACCGUCCGACAAGUGUACAAAAAAGUAAGGAUGGAAGUAAGAGGAGGCCCGCGUACUCGUUUGUAUUUCGUUACAACACGAGAUAUAAGAUGCGAGUUGAUGCCAGCUCGCAAUCUGAUGGCAUCCAGUUUUACAGUCCAGCAUGAGACGCCAGCGGAGAUGGAUUCGUGCUGGUCGUCAUUAAUCGAACGCAAAGGGAGCGGCUACGGAAGUACGGACAGAGGGCGUUAUGAGUGGACGAUACGUUCAACCUAA